AUGCUGGGCUCGGUGGUGAAGAUGGAGGCUCACGAUCUGGCUGAGUGGAGCUACUACCCCGAGGCGGGCGAGGUCUAUUCUCCAGUAACGCCAGUGGCCACCAUGGCCCCCCUCAAUUCCUACAUGACCUUGAGCCCUCUCAGCUCCCCCUACCCUUCAGGGGGGCUCCCCCCAUCCCCACUGUCCUCAGGACCCCUGGGACCCCCAGCCCCUGCCGCGCCCCUUGGACCCACCUUCCCAGGCCUGGGUGCCAGUGGCGGUGGCACAGGGAAUUCGGGGUACGGGGCCCCAGGGCCCGGGCUGGGGCCAGGGAAGGAGAUGGCCAAGAGCUACAGGCGGCCGCUGGCCCACGCCAAGCCGCCCUAUUCCUACAUCUCCCUCAUCACGAUGGCAAUCCAGCAAGCGCCAGGCAAGAUGCUGACCCUGAGCCAAAUCUACCAGUGGAUCAUGGACCUGUUCCCGUACUACAGGGAGAACCAGCAGCGCUGGCAGAACUCCAUCCGCCACUCGCUGUCCUUCAACGACUGCUUCGUCAAGGUGGCGCGAUCCCCGGACAAGCCGGGCAAGGGCUCCUACUGGGCCCUGCACCCCAGCUCCGGAAACAUGUUUGAGAACGGUUGCUACCUGCGGCGCCAGAAACGCUUCAAGCUGGAGGAGAAGGCAAAGAAGGGGAGCAGCGGGGGGUCAUCUAUGACCAGGAACGGUACUGGACCAGCCGCCUUGUCUACCACCACCUCCAUCACCACCACCACCUCCGCCAUCACCGUUACCUCGCCACCGCAGCCCCCACCCCCCGAGCCCGAAGCUCAGGGUCGGGAGGAAGUGGGGGCCCCCCUGGACUGUGGCUCACCCCCCUCCUCCACCCCCUAUUUCACUGGCUUGGAGAUUCCAGGGGAGCUGAAGCUAGACACAGCAUACAACUUCAACCACCCCUUCUCCAUCAACAACCUGAUGUCCGAACAGACCUCUGCACCCCCCAAACUAGACAUGGGGUUUGGGGGCUAUGGGGCAGAGAGUGGGGAGGCUGGAGUAUAUUAUCAGGGCCUGUACCCCCGAUCCCUGCUGAACGCCUCCUAG